AUGAAUUUAAUUCGUGCCUGGCAAGGAAUUGUGAAUGUGAACAGGAAACGUCUUCAGAAAGUGAACUAUGUCCAGUUGGACGCAUUAUUGAGCAUCAAGGGUCUUCAGAGCUGGAAGAAUCCUUAUACCACUGAAGAUGCUCAUCAAAAGUUCUUGGAAACUUAUCCCAAAAUAUUCAUUAAAGAAAAGGCCAUAUUGCCAGGGAUUCCUGAAAGAAGAACAAAAGGGUUACAUUCCUGUGAGCUCGGCAAAGGCACUGUAGGUGCCAAACGUUCUCACAACAUAUCCAUCUAUUUAAAUGCGAUUAAAAAAUGCAAAACACGUGCUGGUUCUCCAGAAUUCAUAGAGAAGUUGAACAUCCUAAUAAAGAUACUCAGGAAGAUCCCUAUUCGAAGAUCUCCAGAAGAACAUGAGAUCGUAUAUAAGACAAUGAAAGUAAUUACUGGCAUUAGUGAUCAACUUUCUGAUGCAGAGCUGAAGCAACUUAGUAAAACUGUCAUAAGGGAAUACUGGUUGAAAGGAAGCACAGUGGAUGCAAGCCAAGAGUUCUACACAGUACUUAGAGGCUCCUUUCGACCACUGACAAAGUAUUACAAGAGAACAAUUGCAGGUGAUUUUGUUUCAGCUAGUGCUGAGAGCGGUGGUUCAGCUAAAGUACCUCAAUCAAAACCCCAAACGUUGUUUGGUAUAGGAAGUUGCUUUGGGACUUUGGAACCUCUCCCUCCAAAGAUGCAUCACAACGUCCUCACAAUUGUUACAGAAGAAAACUGUGAAUUUCUCAAAAUCUCAUCAACAGAUUACUUAAGAGUAAAAGAGGAAGUAGCAAAGCGUGGAAAGAUUGCCAAAGAAGAAUUAAUCCAUGCCUGUGCAAAUUAUCGACACUGGCCUACGGUAUUUUUAUUUCAGCUGGCUGCUCAGUUAAAAUGGAGGAAAUUUCCAGCAGACCAUGUGCUUAUGAAAGAAGGAGAAUUAAGUGAAUAUGUUGGAUUCAUUAAGUCUGGAAUUUGCAAUGCUUACCAAAUCAUCCCGGCCCUUGUGAAGCGACCUUUGGGGAAAAUGAUGAAGCAUAUGAAACAAGUCCUCAUUGGCCGACUGCAUCCAGGAGACUCCUUUGGAGAAGUAAGCGUUCUCCAUCAGACCCCAUCUACAUGUACUCUGAAAGCAGGAACGCCUGUUGAACUAGGAAUUAUUGAUGCUGCAGACAUACAUGGUUUAGACCCAGAGAUUCUGAUGCUAUUUGAACAGACAAUACAGCCAUCGUUUGAAAAUGUCACAUUUGAUGAUCUCAAGUUUAAAUAUAUUAAAAAAGAGACACAAAAGGAAUGGGAGCAUACAAAGGAUAUCAUAUUGAAAGAUGCAUUGUUCUAUAAUGGCAUUUGUCCUGGUGUCGGAAAAUGGAAACACAAACAUCUGAUUUCCAAUUGGCGUGAGAAAAAGAAUCAAGAGGAUGCCCACAUUUCUACCUAUAGAUGA